UUUAAGAACAUUGAAAAUUGUAAAUGAUAAUGACACUGAAAUGCAAAUUAGGGAAUAUUAUACUAAUGAGUUUUGGUGUGACUUUAAUAUAAAUAUAUCCUUCACUCGUGCAGUAGGUAUUCAUCAACCUAGAGCAGACAGAAUAGGACCAGCAGAAUGAUGGUUCUUAGAACAGUCAUCACUCUUUUCCUGUGUCAGUCUGUCGUGGCUUAUGAAAAAAACACCUGUCCCGAUGUGAAGAUUAUUGGCCUGAAUGACAAUGAGAGACUGACCCUGCUCCAGGGGUGCCCAGGAAUCCCUGGAAGCCCAGGAAGCCCGGGAACAGCAGGUGCUCCUGGAUCUCCAGGCUUGCAGGGACCACAAGGCCCUCCAGGUCCUAAAGGACCACAAGGCGAGCCUGGCAUGAUGGGACCCAAAGGAGACAAAGGAGAUCCCGGGGUCCAAAGUGACAAAGGCGCUCAGAACUGUAAGGAGCUGCUGGACCAGGGGAACUACAUGAGCGGCUGGUACACAGUGAGGAUAGCAGGAGGAAAAGCCCUCCAGGUGUUCUGUGACAUGGAGACGGACGGAGGCGGCUGGCUUGUGAUACAGAGGCGAAUGGACGGAUCUGUAGAUUUCUACCGAGACUGGAAUGCCUACAAGAAAGGGUUUGGUAACCAGCAAACAGAGUUCUGGCUGGGGAACGACAAUAUUAAUGCUCUGACGGCCUCAGGGAAUUUCCAAUUAAGGAUAGAUCUGAAAGAUUUCGAUGAUAUUGCUACUUUUGCCAAAUACCAAUCCUUCAAAAUUCUGGGAGAAUCAGACAAGUACAAGCUCCUUCUGGGAAAUUUCAUGGGUGGUACUGCAGGAGAUUCCUUGACAAGCCACAACAACCAAGCCUUUUCUACCAAAGAGCAAGACAACGAUAGUUAUGGUGGUGGUAACUGUGCCACUGCAUAUUCAGGAGCCUGGUGGUAUAAUGUGUGCCAUGAUUCCAACCUUAAUGGUCUUUAUCUGAAGGGACAUCAUGACAGUUUUGCCAAUGGAAUUAACUGGCACAGUGGAAAAGGAUACAAUUAUUCCUAUAAGUACAGUGGUAUGAAAAUAAGACCUCAGUAAGUUUGUACAAGGAAACAGCACAGGGGGAAAUUUCUGAUUCUUUUCAAUGAUUGUCACAAGAAAAUAUGUUUAAUCAUAUUUUGUUUCAGAAACUUGAAGACAUAUUUCUAUAUAUAUUUGUUCCUGACUACUAUACCUGAAACUCUUUGAAUUUGGAACAACCAUCAGUGCUCAGACCUCAAUUCUGUAAUUCAUCCCCACAAACACAAUACGGUUAUACUACAGUAUAUUUUGUAGAAAUAUAGCUUUAAUGCAAUUUUUACCUAUUAGGAGUGUCAUUAGACAUCAGUCAUUAGAAAAUUAAAACUGGGAAUAAAAUGCUUUGGUAAGUAAACCUUCACGAAUACAGUACAGUAUGUACCUCAAGAAGGGUAAUGUGCUAAAUUAUUUUACUAUCGGAUUAUAAAAAUCCCUGUUUUGAGCUACACAUAUAUGCUUUACUGCACAAAUAUGUUCACUAUUCCUUUUUGUGCUUGUUUUUGUAACUGCUUGUCUAUAUAAAUGGGAAAUGUUCCAGCUGGUACUCUGACUUGCCUGUUGUUCCCUUGGCUAAACAAUUCCUGUAUGCAUACAUAAUAAACUUACUGUGCCUUUCUCAGCAAA